CUACUUCCAAAAAAUCAGUCAGUGAAGACCCUGUGGAUCACAGUUGCACUCUGACACUCACGGGGCCGCCAUGAGUUAGAAUCAUCUCAAUGGCAACUGGUUUUUUACUUUUUUCAAGGGUGUAAGCCAGUUGUCUUGUAAGACACCUUGCAGCCUGGAUCGGUCUGAUUGUUUCGUCACGAGUGGACUCAGGGUAAACAUUUUGGCAAGUGUUCUUCCCAACGCACCACAUCUGGAGACUCAGAAUGUCAGCUGGUUUCACCAUGGGAGAUGCGAUGCUUGAACAUUUGGAAAAGGUUGAGAUCACCCUAAGUUUUGGCUAAGAAUCAAAGAGAACAGAGACCAAAGCUGCUUGCCUGAGGCUUUCAGAUGCUUCUCGGUAUAGGAAUUGUUUGACGUGGUCACAGGCUGGGGUUUCUGUUCUUUAUUAUCUAUUCUCUAUGGUCUGUGACCAGCUGGCUUUCUCCUUCUCAGGAUUCCAGGUGGGAUUUGCUCUUUUAUUGUCAACACAGGCAGCCUCCCUUUCUCAUGGAACCCUCUGUCGAGUACCAUCUGCCCUUUAUGUUCCUGGGUGAAAUGGGCACAUUUGCACACUGCACUUGUGCCUACUCUUUCUGGAGAGUCCCUCCCCCAGACAAAUCUAUAAAUAUUUGUAAUACAAUACAGAGACCUGGUGGCGCAGUGGUUAAGCACUUGGCUGCGCACCAGAAGGUCGGCAGUUCAAACCCGCCACCUGCUCUGCAGGGGAAAGAUUUACAGCCUUGGAAACCCUAUGAGGCAGUUCUACUCUGUCCUGGAAGGCAGUGGGUUUUUAAUACCACCUACCUCUGAUAGCUACCCACGUUCUCCACAAAGUAUCUUUCUUUGAAGCCGUUUCCAUUUAUCUGAUUAUUUGGAAGAGAAAAAUCUCAGUUGCACGCUAAUCUGUGUAUAACACCCAUCUUAACACUUGCUAAUAGCUCCUUUAGCAAAGGGGUUACAUCCGGCCUCUGGCAGGAGCAGUGAGGGGGACUGCCUGGAGCAGCUCUAGCAAGAAGAGGCAACGCCUCUCUCCUGAAUAAUAUUUCUAGUAUUCAGGCCCCCCCGGGAUAUUAGAAAUCGAGCAUCCUUUGCUAAAAACAAAGCAAAACAAACACCUAACUCAGACCAGACUGACUUCUUAAUAUUCCCAAACUUUUUGAGUAUGAGGAGACCUUUUUAUGGUCAAAAAUGUUGGUAGUCUGACCCUUCCCUGAGGUCUUUGUACUUUAAUAUUAUAUAUGUUACAUAAUGACAGAAAGCUACUCAGAAUUCAGGAACCCUUAAAAAUCCAUUAAAAAAUAAUUUAUUAAUACAGGAAAAUCAACAUAGUUUGAAAAAAGUAAUAUACGUAUGUGCUUAAGCAUCAGAGGGCCUGACAGAAAUAGGGAUGCCGCUGUAUUCCUGAACUGUUUUGAUUCUUGUAAUGAUAAACUAGAAAUUUCAGGACUCCACGAGGCGGACACCAGUCAAAAAGUUUCACUUGCCCUUUAUCUGCUGUACACUGCAAAGGCAAGUCUCACCCACGUGUUCCCUGUCCUGACGCUCUCUCUUGGCCUGCGUGUGGCCGUCUUCAUGGACUGAGCAGUCCUGAGCCCAGAGCUGAAGCGGUCAUGGAAGCGGAUGAGGAAAGCCGUGCCCCAACUUCCAGCCACGCCUCUAGCAGAAUCCGACGCACCGUUUCCCAAAGGGGUGAAUGUCCCCAUCCAUUUCAUUGUUUCAUACAACCCAUGGGGGCAUCGGGUCUGGCUUCUUUGACCUUAAAUUGGGUCAACGAAGCAAGAUUGUCUCCCUAUUUUAAUGUUGAGGGAAACAGAAAAAGCAAACAAGCGUAUUUUCUAAAACAAAGAGGAACUUUUGCAGCUCAUAUGCUUUCUUCCUGUUAGUGUUUUCUUGUUUCAGAAUACAGCCUCGAUUCAUGGUGUUUUUAUGAAAUGAAUCUGUUUUCACCACGUAUUUAUUCCAAUCAGGUCUGGAGGGAGAAAAGCCACACGAAAAGCCAUGCUGAGCUUCUGCCUCAACAGAACGCCAGCUCUUUUCCGACAAGGGACUGAUGCGGGGUUAAAUCAUAGCUUUCCAGGAUAACCAACUAGGAUGCAUAGCCUCCAGAUUAAUGGUUACAUAGGGGAUAACAUUAAGCAUUUGAGGUCCUAAUACUUCAAGGACUUCUUAGAGAAGAAUCAGCAAGGAUGUCUGGUGCAGUGGUUAAGAGCGAACCAGAAGGUCAGCCAUUUGAAUCCACCAGCUGCUCCUUGGAAACCCUGUGGGGCGGUUCUACGCUGUCCUAUAGGGUCAGAAUCUCCUCGAUGGCAAUGGCUUUGGCUUUUUUUGGAGAAGAUCAGGAUAGUUAGAAGAUAAAAAGGAGGUUAAAUGCAACACUUAGAAGACUCCGCUUUAACAUGAGGUAGGAUUUAUAAUCUUAACUAUUUCCAUUUCACGCGUAUGACACAGUACAGACUCUUGUCUCCUAAUAGCACCUGGGUCAGCAGUGUCUUGUCCUCUAAAGAUUUUCACCAAUUAGAAGCUCACAGUCUCUGGCUUUGGCCAUGAUCCUGAUAACCACCGCUGAUUAAAAAAUAGAGAGGGACCUUAUAGAAAUUGUUAACUGGAUAAAAGAAUAUAGGGCUAAUAGACUCCACAGUGAAGAGCAUGGAACUUUCCAGACUGGAAAGAGACACUUUGAUUUUGUUAUCUGGUUUAAGAAGGACAGAUACAAGGAGAAUCUGUUAAUGCCAUCUGCUUCCCAUGUCAGGAUCUCAGGUUUUAUAUAGGGUGUCUCCCCAAGGGUCACCGACACCAGGAGACAUAGUGCUUAUUCAGACAGUACUUGGAAUACAGGCUGAUUUGCGGUUCCUUUGUGUUAACUCUGUGACUCCCUUAGUGGGUGACAGCCCAUAAAAGGCGAACCAUUGAUCCAAGCCUUUUAAUUAUAGUGAGGAGAGGUUCCAGAUUACCUCAUUUAAGUUAUUCAUGCCAUACUACCAUCUGUGCCUUCCAUCCUAAUUGUUUUCCACUCUCUUCCAUUUCUCCACCAAGAGUGUAAUAACAUGAGCAACAUUUGACUUCAAAAAAUAUGUCUUUCAGAAGGUGAAAGAGAAGUAAAGUGCAACAGUUACUUAUUUGCACACUCAAGCUUAGAUAAUACACUUUUACAGCUGGAGACACUGCUGGGUGGUCCUCACCCAACUGAGGUUGAGUGUGAGUGCUGGGGAAGCAGCCCUGUGCACACAGGCAAGGGUUUCUGGAUUUCCCGGUGGAGCACGAGAUCUAAAUUGUUUCUCAUGUACUCUCUGCACUGCCAUGGCUCUGAGGGCACUUUCUUUAGCUACAUACUCCAGGGAGACUGUUUCGCCACCAGAAUGGUUAUUUUGAAAGUCUUUUAUUCAUUUUCAGAGCCAUUCCAUAUCUUUCUGUUCAGUACUGCCUUGAGGCCAUUCUCACAUCAUUGUAUCAGACAGGGUCCAACCAGGAAGAAGAGACCCCCAGAAUAUUUAAAACACAAGAAGUUGAAUGCUGAAAACUGGCUACACAUGAUGGAAGAGGCUGAAAAGUCAACCAAAGAAUAGACAGUCAACCCAAAGAUUAGCAACUUCAGGAAGCUGCUACCUCUCCUGGGGGGAGUACGGGAAGAGGGGGAAUAAGACAAGGAGCCUAGGGGUCGUGGUCAGCAGAAGCAGCUCAAGGAAGUCUCUGUCCAAGGCUGAGAGGGAGGAAGAGAAAUACCCUGGCUUCUCUCCUCCUUCUGCCCUUGAAUCUCCCACCAGUGUCUCCCAUUGGCUCAACCAGCUGGAGACCAGAUGACCCCUGGAGCCUGGGAAACAGAGCCUUCAGAAGUCAGUCCCCUGGGAUACAGAGUAGAGCAGGGGAAGGGUGAGGUAUGGAUCUGAGGACAAACAUCCCUCAACCCACAUAGUAACCCGUUCCUGACCUUGUUCUGAAUCAGCACUGCCUAUAGUUGACUUUGGUGUGGUCAUUGAAUUUAUUAAUGUAGAAUUUUGAAUCCAACCUCCCUGUAUGCUUUCUAUAUAUUUAGUUGGUAUAAUGAUAUAGUCAUCCUUCUAGCCAAAUUAUUUAUUCCUUUAUCUGCUUUCUGUAGCCAUUGAAUUACCUUGUAGAUUAUACACUGGUGUUUGGAACUCAGAACUAAUAAUUGCAUUAUAAAACUGCCUUCACAGUUGGUGAAGUGCUUUCACAUGUAUUAUGCUAUAUGAUCUGCCUAAAAACUCUGUGAAUAGUUAUUAUUAUUCCCAUUUUGUGGAAGAAUAAUCUAAACCUCAGAGACUUUAUGUGAACUGCUUAAGGACAAACAACAAAUAGUGGAGCCAGAAUUCAAACCCUGGACUGUGUGGUUCCAAAUCCUGUAAUCUUCCCGUAAUACUCUGCUGCCUCAUGGGAGAAGGAAUUGCCCAAAGGGCGCUGUAAGAGGUUUUCUGGGUCAGCUGUCUGAGUUUAGGAGGAAAGUGAGGAUGUGUUUUAAAUCUGCAAAAAUAUGCUUGGUGAUCAGAAAUGAAAAUUACACUCCCGGACGUACGUCACACCAGGCCAACCUCACAUUCCACUCUGAAAAGAUUACAUUCUCUCUGAAGAAAUUACACUCUUGCCCUGUACACAUCUAGGGUAUUUGAAUAUAUGGGGCGGGCUGUCCUAGAAGGGCCAGUGUCACAGAAGCAGGCACCAUCCCAAACCUGACAGAAGGGGUAAGGGCGGGAGGGAGGAGUGCGUGCCAGCUUUCCAUCUCCCUGUCUUUCCCAGAUAAACUACAAGACGCUCAGUGAAUUUUGGGAGUUAUUUGUUGUUAAUCAGAAAUUCAGAUGUAACUGGCUGUCUUGUAAUUCGCCAAAUCGGGCAACCUUACCUCGAGGUGGGCAGUGAUCCCAUGGUUGUAACCAUGGUGUGGGUGAUGGGGAGGAGUGCUGGGAGAAUUCUGAGCACAGGAGCCCAUAUGGCUCUGCUUGUGCCAUUUGUGCCCCGUGCAUGCCCAUUCCUGCACAGGUGCAGAAAUGGAAGGAAGAUCUGGGAAGGUGAUUCCCGGUGUCCGGCAAGUACCGAUGAACCCUGCAUUGGAGGCUUCCUCUGUGGGCCGCACUUGAGAUGGAGCUGCUGCCCCUUUGGCUUUGCCUGGGUUUUCAUGUCUUGACAGUGGAAUGGAGGAACAGAAGUGUGAUGGCCACAGCAGCUGCCCAAGGGGGCUGCAAGUCGGUGGGUGGAGUCGCCGACUGCCGAGAGCAGCACCUUGCUUCCGUGCCCAGCGAUCUCUCGCCCUAUUCCCAGACACUCAUCCUGGAUGCCAACCCUCUCAAGACCCUGUGGAACCAUUCCCUCCAGCACUACCCUCACCUGGAGAGCCUCAGUCUGCACAGUUGCCACCUGGAGUGCAUCAGCCACGACGCCUUCCAGGAGCAAGCCCGCCUGCACAGCCUGGCGCUCGCUGACAACGCUCUCUCAGAGAACUACAAGGAGACGGCAGCUGCUUUCCACUCCCUUCAGGGUCUGCGGAGGCUGGACUUGUCGGGGAACUCCCUGACAGAAGACAUGGUGGCCCUCAUGCUCCAGAACCUCUCAUCACUGGAAUCUGUGUCCCUGGCGAGGAACACCAUCAUGAGGCUGGAUGACUCCAUCUUUGAGGGCCUGGGCCCCCUCCGGGAGCUGGAUUUGCAGAGGAACUACAUCUUUGAGAUCGAGGGUGGUACUUUUGAUGGCUUGACUGAGCUUAGACAUCUCAACCUGGCCUAUAAUAACCUUCCUUGCAUUGUGGACUUCGGCCUCACACAGCUACGGUUCCUCAACAUCAGCUACAAUGCCCUGGAGUGGUUCCUGGCAUCAGGGGGAGAGGCUGCCUUUGAGCUGGAGACCCUGGACCUCUCUCACAAUCAGCUGCUGUUUUUCCCGCUCUUGCCCCAGUGCAGCAAGCUGCACACCCUCCUGCUGCGGGAUAACAACAUGGGCUUCUACAAAGACCUGUACAACACCUCGUCACCACGGGAGAUGGUGGCCCAGUUCCUCCUGGUGGAUGGCAAUGUGACCAACAUCACCACAGUCAGCCUUUGGGAAGAGUUUGCUUCCAGCGACCUCUCAGAUCUCCGCUUCCUAGAUAUGAGCCAGAACCAGUUCCAAUACCUGCCAGAUGGCUUCCUGAAGAAAAUGCCUUCCCUUGCCCACCUGAACCUCAACCAGAAUUGCCUGAUGACACUGCACAUCCGGGAGCAUGAGCCCCCAGGAGGGCUCACAGAGCUGGACCUGAGCCAGAACCAGCUGUCGGAGCUGCAAUGGGCUCCAGGGCUCACCGGCUGCCUACAGAGCCUCCAGGUAUUCAACCUGAGCUCCAACCAGCUCCUGGGUAUCCCCACUGGCCUUUUGGCUGAUGCCAGUAACAUCACUACAAUUGACAUGAGCCACAAUCAGAUCUCACUUUGUCCCACGCCUGUUCACUUAGACCAGGUGGGCCCCCCCAGCUGUGUAGAUUUCAGGAAUAUGGCGUCUUUGAGGAGCCUCUCUCUACAGGGAUGUGGGCUAGGGACCCUACAAGACUGUGCGUUCCAGGGGACCCCCCUCACUCACUUAGACCUAUCCAGCAAUUGGGGGAUUCUGAAUGCAAGCAUCGCCCCUCUCCAGCAUAUUGCCCCCACGUUACGGGUCCUGUCUCUCAGGAAUGUGGGCCUCAGUUCCAGCUUCAUGGAGUUGGACUUCUCUGGGUUUGGGAAUCUGAGGGACUUGGAUCUGUCAGGAAAUUCCUUGUCCAGUUUCCCCAGGUUUGGGGGCAGCCUGUCCCUACAGACCCUGGAUCUCCGCAGAAACUGCCUCACAGCCCUUCCCCAGAGGGCUGCAUCUGAGCAGCUCAUGAGGAGCCUGCGGACCAUCUACCUCAGUCAGAAUCCAUAUGACUGCUGUGGGGUGGAGGGCUGGGGGGCCCUGCAACGCCUGCAGACGCUGCGCAUCCCCGACUCAGCGAUGGUCACUUGCAAUCUCUCCUCCAAGGUCAUCCGCGUGGUGGACAUGCCCAGAGAUGUGCCUCGGGACUGUAAAUGGGAGCGGGUGGACAUGGGCCUGCUGUACCUCGUGCUCAUUCUCCCCAGCUGCCUCACCCUGCUGGUGGCCUGUACUGUCAUCUUCCUCACUUUUAAGAAGCCUCUGCUUCAGGUGAUCAAGAGCCGCUGCCACUGGUCCUCCAUAUACUGACUGUGGCUGCUUGCCGAGGUUAGAAAUUUGGCGUGCACAUGUAAGGACACUUCCUCUGCUAGGUUUCAAGAUCCCAUGCAGACGCCAAGCCUGAUGAAUUGAGGUUUACAUUAAAAUUUAAAGCGUUUCCAUCUCUUAGUCCCCCAUGUUCUUCCUUCAUCAUUAUCCUUCAUCAUCAUCAACCUGGUAAAAUAUUUAUUAAGUAACGUUCUAUGAAAAUAAAAGACAAUGUGUCUCAAAUAUUUUUUUACUCAAAUACAGC